UACUAUCACUUUUACGAUACAGUUAACAAGCUGUUCUACUGGGUAUAUCCGACAAGCUUCUGAGAAACUAAACAAAGUGGACAGCGGAUUUUGUCGUGACGGGACGUUUAUUAUGCAAUGUUGAUACUCAGCUGAAGCCAUUUCGGUUGCAUCGGAUUGUGUCAAAGUGUGGUUCUUCAAAUUUACAUGCAAGAAAUAAACGCUGUAAAACUUUUCUGUGACUCGGACAGGAGUCCAAUCUAAAUCCAUCUUUAGACAUUUUUCCUGGCAUGUAAACUUAGACUAACCAUGGAUACUGUAGACUUGUCACCAACUGACUGAAACAGUGACUGAAAUAUUCUUCUUCAACAACCAUUCAGAGGGGUUAUUGAUGCAUGCAGGUUAAGAAUGUGCUGACGGAAUGACUCAAAGUAUGACUGUCAGCGUAGAUUAGUAUUGAAACAAAAGCCAAAUGUACCAUUCUUCUAGAUUUUCUAAGCCAGCUUGUCCAACAUCUACAUUCAUGGCAUGGAAGUGGCUGCAGUCGAGGGAGACGGGAUCUCCCAUUCAGGUCGGAGAGACAAGCAAAAUCACUAAAACAUUCUACUCUUCGAUGAAAGCUGUCAACAGCUGGGACCCCAACAGAAACACAGACCACUGUCACCAUGGAGGGAUAUUCAACUUUGAUUUUUCUGCUGAUGGGUCGAUGUUGGUGGCAGCCUGUGAGAGACAGAGCAUUCUUGUGUUCGAUCCCUUCAAUGGGAAGUUUGUCGCCCACAAGAACAACGCCCACCAAGACUGUGUCAACUGUGUCAGAUUUCUAGACACUCGAACAUUUGCCACUUGUUCCGAUGAUUCCACUGUUGCAUUAUGGGACGUGCGGAAUCUGCAGCAGCGCAUACAGACACUGGAGGGUCACUCGAACUGGGUGAAGAACAUUGACUAUGCCUCCAGCCUGGGUCUUCUGGUCACCUCGGGGUUCGACGGCAGCAUCUACACCUGGGACAUCAACAACUACUCAACAGAAACUACAGCUCGUAAGAAGGUCUUCUACUCUAACUCGCUGAUGCGCUCAAAGCUGACACCAGAUAAUUCCAAACUCAUCAUCACUACAGCUGGGGGCUUCCUUGUCAUCAUCCACGACCUUGACCUUGCCAAGUUGUCAGAUGACCUGAGUGGGUUUGAACCUAACAUCUAUCGCAUGAUGCAGCUGAAUCCAGAAGGAAGUGGUCUGGCUAUCAUGUACAACAAGGUGUUCGAGAGGAGGAGAAACCGGGUGGAAAUCAUCAGCGACUUCCCGGCAGAAAACCAGGCCAAGGUCAUAGCUUCCCUGCAGGUUCACCCUCAAGGCUGGUGCGUGGUUUCCAGGAACACUAGUGCUGAUGAAGAAUCGGAGUGGACGUGCAUCCACAAUGUACAAGAAUUCAACGAAGCUGAUGUUCCUUCCAGUCCGGCAUCAAAUCCAGAUUCCGACAUCAGUGAAUCCACCUCUAAAGAUGCUGAUGCUCAGCCAGGCUCCUCAUCAAACAGCACUGGGGAUCAUUACUUGUCAGGAUGGAAUAUCCUGUCCCGAAGUUUGUUGUCGUCAAGUAUCCGUAGGUUUGGGCAGGUUGUGUACACGGACGACCUAGAUGAUGAUGAAGGUGAUGACUUCGACCAGUUUCCUUCUCUCAGCUUCCCAUUUGAGGAUCGACUGCAACUAGGCAAUGGGAUAGAUGACUCUAGAAGGUCACCGUUGUCUGAAUCGUUGUCUCAUGACGAAGAGGAUGAUAUCAGCUUAAGGCAGAACUGUUUAAUCAGGGGAAGUAACUCUGUUGAUGCUACUGCUACAGAAGAUGAUCAGUAUACUUCAAGGCAAUUUGACAGUCGUCGAGGGCGUUUUGUUUUAAAUACUGGACAAAAUAGGAUACCAGGAGCAGCUUCAAACCGAGACAAUAGGACCUUCAGUAAUAAGGUGCAUAAAAACAAACCAAGGUUACUGCACUAUGUUGAAGAGCCGAAUGUGGGAAAGGGCUUUCUUAAAGAAUUGUGCUUCAGCACGGAUGGGCGAAUCGUUGUCUCGCCAUUCGGUAAUGGUGUGCGCUUGCUGGCAUUUGACCCCUCCUGCCAGGAACUCUGUGACUGUGUGCCGACACGACCAAUCAAGAUGUAUGAAGUUGGCAGCAACAUUUCCCAUAGUAAUGUGGUUGUGACGACCAAAUUUUCUCCUGUAAAUUUCAUGUAUGUGUCAGGCUGCCUGGGAGGCAAAGUUGUUUUCCAUCAGCCUGUUUUGUAACUGUAAAGUAAUAAGGUGUAGUAGCUUUGGACAUUAAAGGGGAUAAAAUGAAUAAUGAUCUUCAAUCCAUUAAUUGAAGACGUAGAGACUGCAGGGUUUGGAAAUGACACUUGUUGUACUGUUUUUGAUGACCGAUGGGUUAUCAGGGCACUUGAUUUCAAUAAAUCAAACGUGCAUUGGAAUUCACGUGCUUUUA